AUGCUGCACCGCGACCUUCAGAGGCUCUGCCUCUUUCCCGUCAUCUGGUUCGUUCUCUCCUUUGGCGGCAUCGCGAGCGCGUCCAUCGGCGACCGGCUGCCUGAGUUUAGGGAGUGUUUGAAAGACUGCACGGACACAAGCUGUGGGGAGAAAGGGCUAUCAAUACCACUCCAACACCGUCUCCUCUUGUGGGACUGCCCCCAAGAAUGCGAUUAUGUGUGCCAGCACAUCAUAACCGAACAGCGACUCGCACGCGAACCGCCCUACCUCGAACCAGUCGUCCAAUUCCACGGCAAAUGGCCCUUUUACCGCUUCCUCGGAAUGCAGGAGCCCGCCAGUGUCCUCUUCUCCCUCUUCAACUUCUUGGCGCAUGAUCAUGGAAUCAAACAGAUCAAAGAGAACAUACCCGCGAGAUAUGCGCUGCGGAAAUACUACUUGCUCUUUGGAUACUUUGGCAUGAUGAGCUGGAUAUUUAGUAUGAUGUUCCACACCAGGGACUUCAACGUGACGGAGAAGCUGGAUUACUUCGCUGCAGGCGCGAGCGUCAUGUAUGGGAUGUUCUACACGCCCAUCAGGAUCUUUCGGCUCGAUCGUCCGGACAGCUUCAACGGCAAGACAGGGACUGUCCUGAGGUUGUGGACGUUGAUAUGCGCAAGCGCGUACCUGAUGCACAUUGGGUACUUGACGUUUGUACGAUUCGACUAUACAUACAAUAUGGCUGCGAAUGUGGUAGUGGGACUGGUUCAAAACGUAAUGUGGACAUGGUUCUCCAUCCAGCGGUUCAGGAAAGUUGGAAGGUUGUGGGCAGCGUGGCCGGGGUUGAUUGUAUUUUGGAUCAUCUUCGCGAUGAGUUUGGAAUUGUUUGAUUUCCCGCCGUGGUGGGGGAUGGUGGAUGCACACGCGUUGUGGCAUUUGGGAACGGUUGGGCCAACGAUUUGGUGGUACAACUUCCUGGUCAAGGACGCUCAGGCAGAUCUCCAGAGUGCACGACUAAAGCAGUAG